GGGGACGAGAACUUCUACACUGCCGUGGUGAAACCGGGGCAGAUGAAGCAGCAGGACCUCCUGGAGGAGGGCGUCCAGGCUUUCGCAGACGAUGAAGUUGGCCUACAGGAGGCAGCGCAGAACCUGCCCGGGAAGCACGUGCGGCUCUUCCGGGAGCUCCAGGCCAAAUGGCAGUGCUACGACGCUUACGCGCGGGUUUCUAUGUCCUUGGGCGUGAAUCACAUCUGCAUGACCAUGUCCUACUACGUCAUCGGC